AUGUCACUGCAUGCCUGGGACUGGGAGGAUGAGGACAUGGGGAGCAUGGGGCCCAUGUCCUCCAUGGGCAGCUUUUGCCCUUCCAUGAGCGAGUGUGAAGUGGAGGAGUACCUGAAUGCCAGCGGCCAGGCCCAGGAUUCAGAUUCUGACCACCUGUAUAGCAGCAUGGAGUCCUUAGAUGGGCGUGCCAACACUUUCAACUCUGACGUGCCCCAGGUUGUCCCCUGCAAAUUCACCAUCUCACUGGCCUUCCCAUCAAAUGUUGGUCAUAAAGGAAAAUUUUCAAGUUUCGUUAAAAAAUACAGGAAACGCUCUAAAAUGGACAAACCUGUUGCAAAGAGUCACCGUGUCUAUCACAUUGAGUAUUUCCUUCUGCCGGAUGAUAAGGAGCCUAAAACAGCUGACUUGGUGGUGUUUCAAUCGGUGGUCAAAGUGUUCCUGGAUUCAGGAGUAAAGAUUGUGAGGCCAUGGCAUGAAGGCGACAAAGUCUGGGUGUCAUGGACCCAAGUGUUUAACAUCAACAUGACAAAGGAAUUACUAAAGAAAAUGAAUUUUUACAAAAUAACCUUGAAGCUCUGGGACAAUACAGACAAGGUUUCCAAAAAAAUCAAGUAUUCUCGACUCAAGAUUUCUGGGUAUUUAGAGGAGGCAGGAUCUUUUGGUAAGUCAGAGGAAGUGAAACAAAUGGUUUUAAAUCAGAGAUCACCGCCUGAACAAAACAUUCAGGUCAAAGAGGAGUGGAGCCAGGAGUAUGAACUGGAAAAGCUAGAAAAAGCAGGAAAGCACUUGAAGCCUUUGCACGGUUCUCAUCCAGCAGAGCCUGAAACUUUUUCCACAAAUACCGAGAAAAACAAAAAGCUACUCAGAACAAAAGAUCUAGUCACAAUUGGAAUUCUUGGGAAUUCAGGGAAUAUUGGUAAAGCCAGGAUCCUGACCCACACCUUCAGAUUCCUGGGUCCACAGCCCUUACUGGCUGAGAUUAAGUGGAAAGAAUCAGACAGGGGAAAGAAAAAAAUGAAAAGAAGGAAGAAAUGUCAAACAGAAGAGGAAGCUGACCCCAAGCUGGCGGACUACUGGAAGCAGGGCGCCUUCACCAUCCAGCUGGCAGUAAUGCCGCUCCUUGCAGGAUGGCAAAGUGUCGUGAGUCGUGGCAGUAAAAUAUCUGCCAACAUUUUAGAUUGCUUUUUGACUUUAAAAACAGAAGGUCCCAUCAUGACAGAAGAACAAAAGCAAGACUUAAACCCCCUGAUCAUAAAGAUCAAAUGUAUUUCCUGCCUUCCAUCGCAACCUGUGCCCAUCCAUGACCUAGAGAGGCUCUGCAGCCCCGUGUACUGCAGGUACCAGUUUCAUAAGACUCCGGUUCACCAGACUGAGGGGAAGCCUCAUGGAAGCCACAUCUCCUUCCAGGACAUCAAUGUCAUCUUCCUUGGGACAAUGCAUCCCAGUGAGCUGAGGGAAUACCUGGAGGGUCCUCCCAUGGUUGUAGAAGUUCAUGACCGUGACCGAAAGUCAGAGGAGUAUUCCCGGAAGCCCACCCUGUUUGGGGAGGAUCCUCUGGAUUCAUGCCUCAACUUUCAAGUCCUCAUCUCUCCCAAAGAGACAGAGAACAACCCCUUUGAAACCCAAACCAAGAUAUGGGACCCUUAUGGAGUUGCCCGGGUAAGUUUUGCUGACCUCCUCCUCGGCCACAAGUACUUGAACUUGGCUAUCCCGAUCCACAGCUGUGAGUCCAAGCCCACACAACAUGGCCAUGACAGCAAGAUUAGGAAGGUUGUGGGGUUUAGGGUCCCUACAGAUGUCCUUCAUCAUGGCCCAAUGCCCAUGGGCAACUACUUAGAGUCCAACUCCCUGCUCAAGCUGAGAGUGGAUAUCGCGGUGCCACUGCGAACCAUGGCAGAAACCCCCAGUGCAGACCUCACAGGCACCAAAUUUGGCCGCAUCAUUUUUGUAUUUGGCUCUAGGAAGAUCUUCCUCCUAUAUAACCUGCUGCAGGACAUCACCAUGAUAAAUGCCAAAGCCCUUGAUCUGGACUCCUACCCUAUCACGAACAUCCAGCAGAUCCUGUCAGCCAUUAAGAUUCGGGUGAAUAUCCAGGAAAGGCAGGAUCUGGAUGUCCUGACUGGCUUCUACCUGCUGGAUGGGAAGAUCCACCUCCUCAUUUUGGAAGGCUUGGCUGACCAAGGCUUGAAGCGGCUCUGGGAGAGCUACCAAAGCCGAACUCCCAAAUCAGAGCACAGGAAAUACAAGGUGCUCUACAAUUCUCAGCUGCUGUUCCAAAACCGCCUCUACGCAGACCUGGACACCAUCCUGUACCACGUUCACCUCUUCAAGCCACUGACAGAGCUCAUGAAGCAGACAGCACUGCACCUCCACAGCACUGGGAUGCGGAAGGCCUUCCAGACCCUGACCAAGAUCUACUGCAUCUGCCUUUACAGCUCCAAGCUCAGGGAGGUGAUCACAGGGGACCUUCUGCCUUCCUCUGACAUGAUCAGAGACCUGAGCCAAGAAUUUGGCUUGCCCAUUUCACUGGAAGAAAUUGCCAACGAAACACUUUGGACCAUCCCAUCUCACCCCACCUCCAAUCUGGAGGACUUUCAAAGUCGGAAUUCUACCCUCACUCAUGAGAUUCUUGCCCACCAGGAGAAGUACCUGCGGUGGCGGAACACUGCGAUGAUGAAAUAUAAAGGCAAGAAUCGUAGUCUGAUUCAGAAAAAUAUCGCAGAAGCCUACCAGGUGAGCAAGAAGCCUCCAAAGUCUUUGGUGAAGGUGAUUAGAAGUUCAGCCUCUGCCACAGGUGCUGUCUAUAACUAUAGUAUGCAGACUCUGAAUUCCACAGAGCUGGCCAAGAAGGAGCUGUACUGUGAGAUGGCCAAGGAACCAAGGAAAAGAUUCACAUAUUCACAGAAAUACCUCUCAGCCAUGGUGGAGCCGCAGGAUUCAAAGGAAGAGGAGAAAAAAGCCAAGGAGAAAUCCCGCAAGGCCUGGCUCACAGCCAGUGGAUUCCAAGUGGCGGGUCUCCAUAGGAGUGACCAUUACCUCCAGCUGCUGCCUCCUUGUGCCACCACACAGGAGUGGAGAGAAAACGCACUGCUUGCUAACGUUCUGAAGCCUGUGCUGGAUCGAGAGAGGUGGAGCUGGGACCAGCGCCACCGGGACUUUGAUCUGUACAAGAAGCCUCCGCCUUUCCUCAAGCUGCCGGCUCCUCCAGCACGGGACCCAGCCGCAGCUACCAAAACGCUGGCAGGCCAGCCCACUAAACCCACUCAGGUCUCAGCUUUCCCGAUCUUCUCUCUGCCUACUUCGCAGCAGAUUGAGACAUACCUGGAGGGAGAGGAGUGA